AUGCUCAUUCCCAGAUCGACCCAUACCCAAACGCAUAUUCGCACUGGAUCGUACGCGUUCAACCCGAUCAAACGAAGUUCCAGUCCGUUCGAUGAUGGUCUAUCUUUGCCUGCAUUGAUAGCUAUACCGGUAUUCAGCGUAGUGAUAUUCUUGAUGAUUUCAUUCUUUGUAUACCGUUGUGUAAGAUAUGGAAGGAUGAAACAUGCUCUUAACAAGCAAAAUACCAUUCCCAAGAUAAAUCUAACUCAACAACCUUCAAGAGGAUUCGAUAUUGAUGAACAUACCAUUACACCUUUUCCACCUCAGCAUGCUCAACCUAUCACGUACUUGACACCUGGUCUGGAUAAUGGCAAUCGUGUUCAUGCCCAUCAAUCGCCUUCAAAUCCUUUUUCGUUAACAGUUCAGCCCAGUAUAGAAUCACAGAUACCUAUACGACAACCUCGACAUCAACAUGCUCAUUCCAGAACAUCUUCGCAGGAAGCUUCAUUACGCCAUAAUGAAGAGGGAGGGGAUAGGUAG